GCCUCUGUCUCUGUGUUGGGAAGCGUUUAAAUUCAGUAUUUAUUUAGCCACUGGCGGGUAGACAUAAAUACAAAGAACUCAUGUCGUUGUGAAAUUCCGCAAGAGGAGGAUAUUUUUACUUGUGUCAUGCAUCAUAAUGACUUUUAUUCGGGUUCUAUAAGCCACUCUAGUGAACCCAGACAAGGAUAUGUUUACAGGACCAAUACAAAUCGAAAGACACAUUUAAUCAGGCCAAAAUAUUUCCGUUGCAAUAAUGUCGCCAUAGAGAAACGUCGCCAUUCUUUGGACGGUGUUGAAGUCGAACCAGUGUUUGAAAAUUUUCGCCCUGGUGUUGUAUAUGCACCAACACAUAACAAUAUUGAAAAUAGCAUGGGACAUGUCGCCUAUAGAAGAUAUUUGGGUGACGACGAAUAUAUCGACGAAUCGUUUGUUGACCAGGAAGAAGUGUCGGAAGUCAUUGAUACCAAUAAUGUUGUUCAAAAUUUAACAACGUUUGGUCGAUUUUUAGAAAUGCUACAGGGGAUGCCUCUACCGCGUCUUUCGCUUACAACAUCGUGCAUCUUUUUUCUUAUAGCCAUAUUCAUAUCACCGAGACCAUGCGCUCAAAAUAUAAUAUUUCCUGCUUUCAGAUUGUCCUUUGGUACACUGUACCCAGCCUAUGCCUCUUAUAAGGCCGUCCGCACAAAGAAUGUUAAAGAAUAUGUCAAGUGGAUGAUGUAUUGGAUCGUUUACGCAUUUUUUACGUGCACAGAGACCUUUACCGAUAUCUUCCUAUCAUGGUUUCCAUUUUACUAUGAGGUCAAAGUGGUUAUUGUUCUGUGGUUGUUGUCGCCAGCAACAAAAGGCAGUUCAACGCUGUAUAGAAAAUUUGUUCAUCCCAUGUUGACACGCCGUGAACAGGAAAUAGAUGAGUAUCUCAACCAAGCCAAAGAACGUGGAUAUUCUGCUGUAUUACAAUUAGGUUCUAAAGGUGUCAAUUAUGCCACAAAUGUCAUUAUGCAAACCGCAAUUAAGGGAGGCGGUAAUCUAGUGCAGACAAUUCGCCGAAGCUACAGUUUAAGUGAUCUCUCCGAACCAGAUAUUCACCGUACCCAGGAUGAGGUCGACGACAUCACCACCAUGCGACCCCAACAAAGAAUGUUACGGCCACGCCUCAAUACUCCAGUAGGAAGAUCUGCGUCUGGAACUCGCCACUCCACUGGAAUGUAUUUUACGGAAGUUGAUGUCACUGCUAAAGGAGCUGGAGAUUUUAACUAUAACAUUCGUUCUUCAGAUGACAUUAGUUCGGGGUAUUCAAGUGCUGAGCCUAUGGCUGGAGGUUUAAGCCGUACUUCGUCUAUGACAAAUGCGUCCAAAACUCGACUCAAGGCAAAGCGAUCUGAAGUAAACCAUGUCGAACCAUGUCGAACUCUUACACGCCUUUCGAGCACACUUGCCCACAAAUGCGAGAAUAUUGAAAACUCAAUACAUCUAGAAGAAUUAACAGACUUUGGAGAUACUGAUGAGACUAACGAAAUGUAUGAAUCUGACGAAUUUUUCGAAACUAAAUCUAAUGAAUCUACUGACACCAGAUCUGACGAUCUUAGCACAAGUCCUCAACAUUCGUGCACUGAUGUGUCUAUAAUAGAAAACAAGGUUAAUAUAAAUAUACCACAAUUACGGUCAAGCCUUAAGGAAAUAGAAAAUAAUUUUAGGGCGAAAAUUGAUUUGCCACCAGCAAUAGAAACCCCUAUUAGACGCUCGUACGUCCACAACAAAGGGCAAGCUCCAAAACCUCCCCAACAAAGCGGUUUAACUUGUAUUUCGCAUCCAAUUUCUUUAACACCAAAUGACCAAUUCCUGAAGAAUAAGCACGCUACUAGUAAAAAGGAAACAGAAAUAUAAUAGCAUUCUUGGAUAAAAUGUCUGCCAGCUGCACGACCUUGCCGCGUAGCAAAAAAACCGAGAAGGCGAUGGGAUCUAUGACAACUGCAGCGUCAAAAACUCGUAGCAGCAGACUUGAAAAAUAAAAAGAAAAAUCACCAUCUGUAUACUUGCGUUCUGGACAUAGAGAAACUAACUUCAGUUUCAGAUACACAAUAUACAUUAUAGAUAAUAAUGCAUGCAAUAUACAUGUAUCAGUUACGAUUUCUAAAAUAGACUGUUCGAAUCUAUUAUUUCUUUAGUUACUCAAUUAAUAUGUUAAACUUUCAGACACAAAUACAAAUAAGUUCAAACGCAAGAACAAAAUGUAAUAAAAUAUAA